UGCCUUAUUUUGUACCAAACCAAAGAAUGAAGCUGUUCGUAGUUUCGUUGACGCUUUUUUGCGUCAACUUCGCAUUAGCGCAAAAAAAUCCAAAUUUUGUUGAUGGUCGUGGUACCAUCGUGCAUCUCUUUGACUGGACUUGGUCAGAUAUUGCCGAUGAAUGUGAGAAUUUUUUGGGACCUAAUGGGUUUGGAGGAGUUCAAACUUCUCCACCCAACGAAAAUAUUAUUUGGGUGCAAAAUAACGACAGACCAUGGUGGGAGGCAUACCAACCUGUUAGUUAUAAGUUGGAAAAUAGGCAUGGAAAUGAAGAAGCCUUUAAGGAUAUGGUUAAGCGGUGUAAUGCCGUUGGAGUAAGAGUAUAUCCAGACGUAGUAGUAAACCACAUGGCCUCAAUAUCAACCGAUGGUACCGCUGGAGACGUUUGUGACCCAACCAAUAGAGACUACCCGGCUGUUCCUUACACCAAAGAACACUUCCAUCCCACUUGCGGAAUGGACUAUAAUAGUCCAAGCGCUAUUAGAAAUUGUGAACUUAGUGGUCUGCCCGAUUUAAAUCAAACCGAAGAUUAUGUUCGUGAAAAAAUCAAAGAUUACAUGAACCAUUUGAUCGAGAUUGGAGUGGCUGGAUUCAGAAUUGACGCAGCCAAGCACAUGUGGCCUGAAGAUUUAAAAAUCAUCUACGGAAGUUUAAAUGAUUUAAACACUGAUUAUUUUAGUGCUGGUUCGAGGCCAUUUUUCUAUCAAGAAGUUAUUGAUUAUGGCAAUGAUGUUGUAUCAAAGAAGGAAUAUAUUGACUUUGGACGUGUUUGUGAAUUCAAAUAUGGCAACCUUAUUGGACCCUGCUUUAAAGGACAAUGUCCAUUUAAUUUACUAAAUACUUUCGGAUUCGAUGAAGACCAAUGGGGAGUCAUCGCUGGAGAACACACAUUAUGUUUCGUAACCAACCACGACACAGAAAGGGACAACAAUCAAUUUUUAAAUUACAAAGAUGGUAACCUUUACCGCGGAGCUGUAGCUUUUAUGUUGGCUCAUUAUUAUGCUGGAGUUCCAAAGGUUAUGUCUGGAUUUGAGUUUGAUGGCAGAGACAGCGGACCACCUCACGAUGAUAACUUUAACAUCCUCAGUCCAGUUUAUACUGAAACCGGUUGUAGCAACGGUUGGACUUGUGAACACCGUUGGACUUCCGUUGUUGGCAUGGUUCAAUUUAGAAAUGUUGUUGCUGGCACCGAUAUGCAACAAUAUUGGAGCAAUGGUAACCAAAUUGCUUUCAGCAGAGGAAACAAAGGUUUCUUUGCAACAACUAUUGGUGGAGAUAUCAACCAAGGUAUUCCCACUACAUUAGCCGAUGGUACUUAUUGUGACGUUAUGACUGGUAAACUUUCAAAUGGAUCUUGCACUGGGAAAACUGUAACAGUUUCAGGUGGUAAUGUGCAAGUUCAACUGUCUGCUGGUGGAGAUGAAAUUGCAAUGGCUAUACAUGUAGAAUCAAAAUUAUCUUAGUUUUAGAAUAUUUUAUUAAUAAAUUAAUUUACAGCAA